AUGAAGUUCGGCAAGGAAUUUGCUUCACAGAUGGUGCCGGAGUGGCAGGAAGCCUACAUGGACUACAACUAUCUCAAGUCCCUACUCAAAGAUAUCCAACGCUUCAAGCAAAGAAACAAGUCGCCAGCGGGGGCUACAUCGGCUUCCCUCCUAAAGCGAAAGAUGUCUUUGUACAGGGCGUUCAGCGGGCUAACGCAGAGGCACCAUGGUGUGAAGAUCUCCCCCAACCGAGAAGACAAUAAUAUUGAUCAUCAGGACCAUGUGAUACUUGUGAAGGCAGCGCAGGGAGAGGGAUCCGAGGGGUGCUACCGGACUGAUUUUUGCAAGCUGUCCGACGAAGGAGGAGAGUACGAGCUGGUGUUCUUGAGGAGGCUUGAUGACGAGUUGAACAAAGUGAACAAGUUUUGCAGGUCUAAAACGGAGGGGAUGUUGAAAGAGGCCGCCAUGUUGAAUAAACAGAUGGAAGCGUUUAUAGCAUUUCGGAUUAAAGUGGAGAAGCCCACGCUGUCGCUGGGGUUGGACGAAACCGCCGAGAUCAGUCGUCUUGCUUCAGAUGUCGCUACCUCCGCCGCUACUGUCACAGCCUCCAGUCCCUCCGGUGCUAGAAGAACCACUACUGCUGCAGCAAGGCACAUGGAUGUCAUAGAAGAAGCUGAAGCUAGUAACAGAGGAAGUUCAUCAGAAGAGUUGGUUGAGGUUGAGGAAACAGCUGACAUCAUCAGCCAAACCAAAAUUAUCCAUCAUGUUAUCCAUAAAAAGAAGCCGAACAGUAUUGUCAAAGCUAAUAGACCAGCUCCACUAGAUGUCCUUAACCAGGUGAAGAUCAUCAACCCACUGGAGUCUCCUGUGUCCAUGUUAAAAGGCGUCAUCAAACUCUCCAAAGGUUCAGAGUUGAAUUUCAGAAAACGGGAGCUCAAGAGAAUUCAGGAACAACUGAAGCGGGUUUUUGUUGAGUUUUAUCAUAAACUUCGACUCCUCAAGAGCUACAGCUUUAUCAAUCUUUUGGCCUUCUCAAAGAUCAUGAAGAAAUUUGACAAGGUGACCUCACGAAGUGCAUCAGGAGCUUACAUGAAAGUGCUUGAUAACUCCUACCUCGGCAACUCUGAUGAGGUGUCUAAGCUCAUGGAGAGGGUGGAAGCUACAUUCAUCAAGCACUUCGCAAACUCCAACCGCAGUAGAGGCAUGAACAUCUUGAGACCCAAGGCAAAGCCAGAAAGGCAUAGAGUAACCUUUUCUGUGGGUUAUCUUAGCGGCUGUGUAACGGCUCUCAUAGUAGCCAUUGCUAUCAUUAUACGUCUCAGGCAUAUCAUAGAAAAGAAAGAGGGUACUCAGUACAUGGAUAACAUGUUUCCACUAUACAGCUUGUUUGGAUUCAUAUUCCUACAUAUGGUCAUGUACGCCGGGAAUAUACACUUCUGGACGCGAUACCGAGUCAAUUAUUCAUUCAUAUUUGGUUUGAAGCAAGGAACCGAGUUGGGUUAUCGAGAAGUCUUGCUCCUCGCCUUUGGUCUUGCAGUUCUUGCACUUGGCACUGUGAUCUCAAACCUGGACAUGGAGAUGGAUCAAGAAACAAAGGACUACGGCAACAGUGAACUACUGCCACUGGGACUAGUUAUUCUUCUACUUGUCAUAGCAUUCUGCCCAUUCAACAUCAUAUAUCGAUCAAGCCGCUUCUUCCUACUUAGGUGUGCAUUCCACUGCCUGUGUGCUCCUCUCUACAAGGUCACCCUCCCAGAUUUCUUCUUGGCAGACCAGCUUACUAGCCAGGUCCAAGCUAUCAGAAGCCUGCAAUUCUAUCUCUGCUACUAUAUCUGGGGAGACUACAAACACCGACGAAACGCUUGCAAACAAAGUGAAAUUUAUAAAGUUUUCCUUUACAUUGUCGCCGUGAUUCCAUAUUGGUGCCGCUGCCUUCAGUGCAUCCGGCGCUGGAUUGAAGAAAAGGACCGAAUGCAAGGAUACAACGCCCUGAAGUACUUCUCAACUGUUCUAGCUGUUGUCAUGAGAACAGCUUACAGCCUUUCAGAAGGAAUGACUUGGAGAAUCAUGGCUGUGGCCACUUCAAUCGUCUCAGCAAUUGUGAGUACAUACUGGGACCUGGUUUUUGAUUGGGGGCUUCUGCAACGUCGCUCGAAGAACCCAUGGUUGAGAGACAAGCUUCUCAUCUCACGGCAAGGUGUUUAUUUUGGAGCCAUGAUAUUGAAUGUGCUGCUGAGAUUUGCGUGGCUGCAAACUGUGUUGCCUCUGAAGGUGCCUUUCUUACACAGAGAAGCCUUAGUUGCAAUCUUUGCCAGCUUAGAGAUCAUUCGUCGUGGCAUAUGGAAUUUCUUCAGGUUGGAGAAUGAGCACUUGAACAAUGUUGGAAAAUAUCGUGCUUUCAAAUCAGUACCACUCCCCUUCAGUUAUGACGAGGACGAAGACAGGGAUGAGUAGGAAGACUGAAUACAGAAAGCCCACAAGCAAAUCUUUACUAUUUUCCGUGGCAAAAUCCUUAAAAAUUAAACACAACAACACACAGAACCAAAAGCAAAGCUUGUAGAAUUGAAUAUGUAAGGUACAUUUGUAAGCGGUACAACAAAACAAAUUUCUCUGUUUAGACAUUGCUCGAACUUGUGACUUAUGUCACUUGCAAUGUAUUACGACAAAUCAUAAAAAUUGAAUAAAUUCAUAACGGAUGGUAAUAGGAUCA